CUCGUUCAAGCGAACAGUAUCAUCCAAGACAUCAAGCUCGUUAGCUUAAUGAUAUGAGUCUCACCAACGAAUGUUUCCAAAGUGUGCGCCAUGAAGGCACCCCCGAAGGCACGAUAGAAGAGAUCGGAGGCGUACCCUGUUACGUCUCCACCCCGGCAGAGGACUAUCCCAAGGACAAAGUUGUCCUCUUCCUCACCGACGUCUUCGGUCUCGCUCAGAACAACAAGCUGGUUGCCGACGACUUUGCUCGGAACGGCUUCAAGACCAUCGUUCCAGACUACCUCGAAUCGGACCCGAUCCCGCCCUUUGACCAGCAUGCGACGCUCGGCUUCAACCGCGAGGCCUGGAUGGCGCGCCAUGGCCCCGCCCAGCUCCGUCCCAUCCUCGACAAGGUCAUCGCGGCUCUCAAAGCAGACGGCGUGACGCGCAUUGGGACAACCGGCUACUGCUUGGGAGCGCGAUACAGCUUCGACCUCGCCUUCGAGAACAUUACCCACGUCACCAUCGUCUCGCACCCUUCGCGUCUCGAAAUCUCUGACCUUGAGAAAUACGCCGAGGUAUCCAAAGCCCCGCUCCUCAUCAACAGCUGCGAGACGGACAACCCGUUCCCGCCCGAGAAACAAGCUGCCGCAGACAAGAUCCUGGGAGACAAGUUCGCGCCAGGGUACAAGCGCACGUACGCAGACGGGUGCUCGCAUGGCUUCGCCGUGCGCGCAGACGUGAGCGACCCCAAGGUCAAGGCGGGCAAAGAAGCUGCGUUCAAAGCGAGCGUUGAGUGGUUCCAAAAGUACCUGUAG